AUGACUGUCCCCGCCCUCGAGCUCGGGGCCCUCAUGGCCAAAUACGGCGAGGAAAAGGACAAGAGAGUCAAGGAAGACGGCAAGAACCAGUACGUCCAACUCGCCGACUCCGACCGCUGGGGCAGCCUCAGCCGCGAUCCCUGGGCCGGCUUCGACGCCAAGGAUAUCCGAAUCGCCGACGUCGCCGGCGGCUUCGGCGGCACGUGGUACUGGAACCGGUAUCCGGGCCUCAUGUGCGACGUCGAAAGCUACGUCUACAUGCCCUUGCUCGAGGAGACGGGCUACAUGCCCAAGCACCGCUACUCGUACGGCACCGAGCUCCGGGAGCACGCCGACCGCAUCGCCGACAAGUGGGGCGUGCGCGCCUCCUUCCGCACCGCCGCCGAGGCCUCCACCUGGGACGAAGGAGCCCGCCGCUGGGUCACCAAGCUCCGGCAGGACCGCGGGCCCGACGGCGGCGGCGACGUCCACCUCACCGUGCGCUCCCAGUUCCUCGUCAACGCCAACGGCGUGCUCAACCACCCCAAGAUGCCCCGCGGCUUGAAAACUUCGGCGGCGAGGCCUUCCAUGCCGCUCCUCAAGGGCAAGCGCGUCGGCAUCAUCGGCACGGGCGCCACCGCGAUCCAGGUUGUCCCGCAGCUGGCCAAGUGGGCGGGCGAGCUGUACGUGUUCCAGCGCACGCCGUCGUCCGUUGCCGAGCGCGGCCAGCGCGAGACGGACCCGGCGGAGUGGGAGGCCAAGAUCGCCGCGAAAAAGGGCUGGCAGCGCGAGAGGACGCGGAAUUUCAACCAGUUUUGCACGGCGCAGCGCGAGGGCGUCAACGUCGUCGACGACGGCUGGACCAAGGCGCUGGCCUACUACACCCUCCACAUCGCCACCAUGGUCGCGCUCGACUUCAACUACAGCGACGGCAACCGCCGGCGCGUGGAAGAGGUCAUCAAGGACAAGGAGGUGGCUGAGCGUCUCAAGGCGUGGUAUCCCGUCUGGUGCAAGCGACCCGCCUUCCACGACGAGUACCUCCCCGCCUUCAACCUCUCGCACGUCCACCUCGUCGAUACCGAAGGAAAGGGUGUCACCGGCGCCACCGAGACCGGCGUCGUCGUCGGCGACAAGGAAUACCCCAUCGACGUUCUCAUCCUGAGCACCGGCUACCGUCUACCCAUGGCCGAUAACGGCGAGCCCGGCUCCCACUCCAACAUGGUGUUUACGGGUCGCGGCGGCCGCACCCUCGCGGACAAGUGGGCCACCCAGGGCGCCACGACGCUGCACGGCGUGCUCACCAGCGGGUUUCCCAACUUAUUCCUGACCGGCCCCGCGCAGACGGGAGCGUGUCCCAACUUUGCUUGGGGCCAAAACGUCCUCUCCCAGCACGUUGCGUACAUUGUGGCGCAGGCUCACGAGCGCAGCGGGCCCACUGCCGUCGUCGAGCCGUCUGUGGAGGCGGAGGAGGGCUGGUCCGGGCUGAUCAUGGCCUUUUCCGGCCUCAUGGCGCCUAUUGGCAUCUGCACGCCGAGCUACAUCAAUAGCGAGGGCGGCCUUCCGUCGGAUCCCGUGGAGGAUGAAGGCUAUGCGAGGCGCCGGUCUCUGCUGCGGCGCAAGACCUCGUCAUAUUCCGCUUCUGUGCAGGCUCUAGUAAUUGAGGAUCUGGGCACAAACAGCUUCCAGCUCACCGAUGGAAAGGACAGCAGAGCCCUAUACGUAGUGCAAAGAAACCCCUCGAAACCUCACCUUUCCAUUUCCCGAGGCACCAGCGUAGCAGACGUCGUCGGCACGGCCAUCAUUCACAAAUUUUCCUCCACGAUCGAUGUCGUGUUCGGAGGCCAGCCUCUAAAGCUCAAGCGAAAAGGCGCCUUUAACGAUUCCCACGCCUUUCAUCAUCCCUCGACGACGGCAUUACAGUGGAAAGGAUUAGGCGGUGCCGGCGGAUUCGGUCUCCAGGACGAGCAAGAAAGGACAAUCUGCACCUACGAUAAGAAGGGUGGCUUCGAAUUUCCUACGCUUGUGCAGGACCAACACAUGCUGGAUUUGAUUGUUGUGACGGGGCUAGCUACUGAUGAAUAUCGUCGGCGGUCUCAUCGAAACUGGAACGAGUCUCUCGUCUGGACGCUGAAUCAAGUGGGCGUGUAA